AAAGCAUAGCCGCAUCGUCGCGACGUGUUCAAGGAACCGAGUUACAAUGAAGCAGUGCGUGUUGAUAACCUUGGGCAUAUUGAUGCAGCUUGCAUCGUUGACUAUUUGCCAACGUGUAGCACCUGGUGUUAAUCCAAACCAUUAUCAACAACAACAACAAUAUCAGCCACCUCCUCCACAGUAUCAACAAGCUCCUCAACAGCAGCAGCCACAAUAUCAUCAACAACCACCACAGCAACAGCAGCAACAACAGCCCCAAUACCAGCAACAACAACAAUUUCAGCAACAGCAUCAGCAGCCACACCAGCAACAGCAGCAGCAGCAACAUCAUGGCGAGCAUGGUCAGCAGCAAGUGCUUCAUACCGGGAAUUUACAACAAGAGAAACAGCACAUUGCCGAACAUAUGGAAGUGCCGAUUGAUACGAGCAAAAUGAGCGAACAAGAACUACAGUUCCAUUACUUUAAAAUGCACGAUUCGGACAACAACAACAAGCUGGAUGGUUGUGAGCUGAUAAAAUCGCUCAUCCAUUGGCACGAACAAGGCAAGGCACAAGAAAACAGUGGCCAUCCGCAGCACGAGGAGAAAAUAUUCUCCAACGACGAGCUGUCUGCGCUGAUCGAUCCGAUUCUUAACUCAGACGAUCAUAAUCAAGAUGGUUUCAUCGACUAUCCGGAAUUUGUGCGCGCACAACACAAAGCAGCCCAGCAACAACAGCAAGACCAGCAACAGCAGCAACAGCCACACCAUUAGUAUGUGUUUUCGUUCAUCACAGUUGACAGAACUGGUUUCGUUAUAUCCGAGAGAGACUGAUAAACUAAUAACUCUGAGCUUGUAAAGCCUAGGUCCUCGUAUAAAGUGACCGUGCGAUCUUCUG